AGAGGGUCAGUUAGCAUCUGUAACAACACCUUUGACACGCUCAACAAAGUUUUCUCAAAGGUACACAAAAAAGCUGGAGAAACUCAGCGGGUGCAGCAGCAUCUAUGGAGCGAAGGAAAUAGGCAAUGUUUCGGGCCGAAACUUUCCUUCAGAUUGAAGUUCAAAUUUUUCUCAAUUCAAAUUCAAAGUUUUCUCAAUCUCUUAUUAAGAUCACUGAGGAGUAAAAUCAGACAAGUUUGAAACAAAUGUGAGACCUCAGCCCGUAAGAGUGAUUUCAAUGACAAUUUGCUAAUGUUUAGUUUAUUGUCACUUAUACCAGUGAGUGGAAGACUAUACAUGAUUACAAUCGAGCCGUCCACAGUGUACAGAUACAUGAUAAAGGGAAUAACGUUUAGUGCAAGAUCGAGUCCAGGAAAGUCCGAUUAAAGAUGGUCCGAGGGUUUCCAAUGAACUACUGUAGAUGGGAGGUCAGGACUGCUCUCUAGUUGGCGAUGGGAUGGUUCAGUUGCCUGAUAACUGCUGGAAAGAAACUGUCCCUGGAUUUCUAUCAUCUCGUCACGGAUUAUUGUUAAUAGAUCUUAACGUAAACAAAACAGUUGGCUAAAGCAUAUUGAUCGAGGAAGCCUGCCACAAUUCUAGCUGAGGAAAUGCCACAUCUGCUAAUUCCAAAGCACUUUCCUUUAAACUGGCAUCUGUGUGACCUACUAAACAAGGGCCUCUUCUUUAAAAAAAAAACAUCUUGCUUCCUGGAAAAGGGUUUGUUUCACUUUUACUAUCCAGUCGUGAAAAAUUGGUCUUGCCGACUUGACAUCAACAACACUCCCCCAAUUCCACAGGUGGGUUCAUUGGGAAUUCUUGUGAGGAAGUAGGGACCUGCCUGCAGUAGUUGGCCUCAAAGGUUGGAGAUGGCUGGCAGGAUAGUGCAAAGGAAUCUGAGCACAGACCUGAUAAAAAGAGCAGAGACUAUAGCUCAGGAGCUGAGCAGAGCGAUUCAACAGGGAGACAAGGAAACAGCGGUUGAGUGUGCCAGGCUGCUUGCUGAGCAACAUCUACCCGUCAUCGUCCAACUCAAGAAGUCUGCCUAUGGUCAACAAGAAAUCAAGUUAAGAGUUAGCGUUGAAGAUUCGCAGACAACUGGUACAAUCAUCACAAUGAAAGUGUAUCCAUACAUGACCAUUGCAACGCUGAAGUCAAAGAUGUCCAAAGACUACGGUUUCCAUCCCAAACUGCAACAGUGGAUCAUCGCGCAGCGUCUGGGCAAGGACCAAGAGACUCUCUCCUUUCACGGCAUCAGGAAAGACGGGGACAUGGCCUACGUGUACCUCCUGACAGCCGCGCAGGCCGGCGCUGCACGCAACCCAAGGGCGCAGCUUCAGCCAGACACCAGAGCUCAGAUGUCAACUGAUGAAAUAAGAACAAAUAAUGAAGGUUUCCUUCCUGUUUUGGAACCACGAGGAACUCAACCGCAACUCAACGAAGCAAGGGUUUUGCCAGAAAUUCCAAAGAUUGGCUGGGAGUGUCCAGGAUGUACCUAUAUCAAUAAACCGACUCGUCCAGGGUGUGAGAUGUGCAGCACGGCAAAACCAGAUAACUACCAGAUACCCCGCACCUAUAUACCUGACCAGGAAGAACUGCAGAGGAUGAAUGAGGAAGAUGCAGCCUUUGAGCAAUACGAACAAUCGAUGGUACUCGAGCGAGAACGGAAUUACCAACUGAUGUUGGAAACAGAUGAUCAAAACCUGGUAUCAGCAUCAGAGGAGUUUGAGUGCCCAAUCUGUUUAAUCACCCUGGACCAACGUGAGGGUGUAACUCUUCGAGAGUGCUUACAUAUCUUCUGCAAAGACUGCCUGAAGGGAACAAUCCUAACCUGCACAGAAGCAGAUGUGGCCUGUCCAUUCAUAAACGACCUUUACUCUUGCAACAGCAAAAUCCUGGAACGUGAGAUAAAACACCUCCUAACAGUGGAUGAGUAUCGUGGCUACCUGGACAAGAGUUUGGCAAUUGCAGAGAACAGCAGUGGGAACAGCUACCACUGCCAGACACCCGACUGCAAGGGUUGGUGCAUCUACGAAGAUGAGAUCAAUGACUUUCCUUGCCCCCUCUGUAAGCAGACCAACUGCCUGGUGUGCAAGGCAAUACACGAAGGGAUAAACUGCAAGGAAUACCAGGACAAUCUCAAAAUUCAAGCUCAAAAUGAUGAAGCUGCAAAACAAACUGCUGAGAUGCUCAAGUCGCUUGUGACUCGGGGAGAGGCCAUGCAUUGUCCUAAAUGCAAGAUUGUGGUCCAGAAGAAAGAUGGCUGUGACUGGAUACGCUGCACCAUGUGCAAAGUAGAAAUCUGCUGGGUGACCAAGGGACCUCGCUGGGGGCCUCAGGGGACCGGUGACACCAGUGGAGGAUGUCGCUGCCGCCUCAAUGGUGCACCAUGUCAUCCCAGGUGUCAGAACUGCCACUGAAGGACACUCAAUUAUCUCUGCCUCAAUGCAGCAAAGGCCACAGCACAGUACCUUAGACUUACUUUUUCUGGACAAGCUAUCCAGAAAACUAAAACUAUGAUGAUCGUCUCCUAACACAGCUGGACACGUGUCUGAUUUGAAAGUACCUGUACUGACUUUAAAACUUUGAGGAAAGAAGGGUUUUUUAGUGCUGUAAUCACUGUAACUGAGCACUUUCAGAGCACUGUUAGUCAUCUCUGUAACUGGCCGAAGCACAAUGCUUGUGACUGCGCUGGAAUUGGGGCAAUGCCCUAUUGGGUCGAAGAGACUGCAAGUAAGUUAUCGGCCAUUGUGUACCAAAGCUGGAUGGUUAGCACAAUUAAUUUGUUACCAAACUUGUGAAAAGCCAUCACCACAUUCCAGGAGCAGAUUGCAAAUCACACAAGGAGGUGCAGGAUGAAGUACCUUGCCUUAGGCAGCAAGUGUUCUGAACAAAACAAGAUGGGACCAAUGUAGAGUUAAUUCCCAGGCACUAAAUCAGUGGCCUCAUUUAGACCAUUAGCCUAGUUAGGAAAUUCAAUUACAACCAGUGUGUUGCAUAAAAAGCAGAUUUAGAAAGAGUCUCAUUUCUUUAACUGGGUAUAAAAAGGAGGUCCAAGGAUGGGAGUUAACAUGUGCUUCUGGGGAAAGUCCAUGAGGUCUUCCCUAAAUAAGCAGAGGAAGGCUUGAAGCCGGGUCUCAGCACAUACUUAAAAAUGGAUUAUUAAUGUAAUUCCCAUUCACUUCUCAAUGUGUACGUCUGAUCUGAUAAAUUACCUCUGAUAAAAGAUAUAAGAUAGACACAAAAUGCUGGAGUAACAUUGUGGGUCAUGCAGCAUCUGUGGAGAAAACAAAUAGCUUAUGUUUCGGGUCAGAACCCUUUGUCAGACCCCGAUAAAAAGAUCUAUCCCCAUUCAUCUACUGAUUUUGGAGACACAAGGACCUGCUGAUGCCAGAGUUUUGAGCAAAAUACAAAGCGCUGGAGGGAUUCCAGAAGAGUCCCAACCCGAAGUGUUGCCAGUCCAUUCCAUCUACAGAUGCUGCCUGGCCUGCUGAGUUCCUCCAGCACUUUUCUUUUGUGUUUACUGGCCUUGCUCAGUUCCUUGGAAAAGGAUGCAAAAAGACCUUACAGUUGCUCAAGUGCUUGAUUGUUAUGGCAGUAGACUUCAGUUACCGCUCCAAUAUCCAGAAUCCAAGAUCAGUCAGGUUUAAAACCUCCAAUCUACUGAGGCAAUUGAAUUCAAAUAAUAAAUCUGGAACAAAGAGCAGCACAGUGACGCAACAUUUGGGGAGAAUUGCUGGUCGGCGUCGACUCGGUGCGCCGAAGGGCCGGCCUGUUUUCACGCUGUAUCGAAAGUCUAAAGCCAGUAUCAGGAACGGUGACUAGGGAGCUACUGGGCUGUCGUAAAGUCCACUCGCUCAACAAUGUGCUACAAGGAGGAUAUCUGACACCCUUAUAUGGAUGUCCAGGCACGUCAAACUGGAUGGCACAUAACUGCCCUUUGAAAUGACUGAGCAAGCCAUUGACUUCAGAGGUGGCCAACGUUCACCCCACUAGCAAUGCCAGGAUGUGAUCAAAUAGUUAAGUGGCUGAGCAGGUAAAUCCAGUUGGUAACUGAACCCCACCAACCCUUCUGCACAAAACACCUCAUUUACUCCUAGUCCUGUCAUGACAGAACUUGUGAAUUAUUAUCCAGACAUAUUAAGCAUAAAGGGAGCUUCUGGAAGGAGUCUUAAUUUGGUACGGUCAUAUUCUCUGAGGUGUUUCAUUUGUUGAGGUGAGUAUAGAUGAUUAAAUAUUGCUUAUGUAAUAUAUUUUUUUUCCACUGAUAUGACCGUUCUGAUCUGAAAGUUUUAGCCCCCAAUGUUCUUGCUGCGAUUUAUGCCACUUUUACACUUUUAAUAAAGUACUUCUAAUGUGAGAUGCAUUUUGUUCUGGACUACGCUCAUUGGAUUAUCUGUUGACACAAGCCCACCUAAGGAAGGCAAAUACAAUGCUAGAUCUCGAGAGGACUAGAAUAUUAAAAAAAGAUGUAAUGCUGAGCUUUUAUAAGGCACUGGUCAGACCGCAUUUGGAGUAUUGUGAGCAGUUUUGGGCACCAUGUUGGAGGAUGUGU